CCUCCUCCUCCCCGUCCUCUUCCUCCUCUGGAGCAAGACAGCGCCUUUGCAAUUCUAGUCGUCAGUUGGGCUGGAGCUACGGCCCGAGAAGGAUGUUUGUGUAACAGCUAACGUGUGGACAUUCAGUCAUGGAUGUGGAACUGCAUAGUGCGUUAAAAAGACUCAAUAACUUUGAAAAGAAGUCAUGGAAAAUGAUCGAAUGAUUAUGAUCUGUUUGGAAAAAAUAUCUGCUAAUGUGCUCUCAUUUUCAUAUUAAUGAUACUUAAACUCUAACAGAACUAUUAGGAAUGGGGAUGAUGUGACUGACAGUGUAUUUUACCAUAUUAUAAAAAAAUCCAAUAAAAAGUGAAAAAGUUGAAAAUUAGAAAAUAAAGAUUAUCCUGAAAAACAUAGGAGUGGAAAACGAAAACCGAAAGUAGAAAAUGUAUUUUGAAGUGGACGCAUAAGAAACCAUCACACCCUGACGGUACUAAGUAUUGAUGACCUGGACUCCGGGGCUGUUCUCAUCAGUCGUACUAAAGAUUAUUGAAGCCAGAUUUCACUCCUGUUUGCCCGACCAGCUUCUGAAACCUUCGUAUUUCCUUCAUAUUUCCUUCAACCUCCCCCUCCUCCCUUUUGGCUGAAAAGGGAUUCCUCUUAUUCAUCUUCUCUGAGCAUUUUUUUGAUAACGUCUUUGGUCUUUACACCAAAUUAUUUAAUUGUGAAUUUUCUCUCUGCUAUUUUAAAAUAAAAUUCAUAUCUCAUAUCGGGCUACUAGUUAGAUUGCUUGCCUCUGAUUUGUUUUGACGUCACUUCAUUUGUUUGAAAGGGAAAGAAAAUAAGACAGCGGUAACCAUAUUACCCACCUGAUAUAGAUUCAUUGUAAUGGUAACUGUUGCCAGGCAUCCUAUUUCUCUUACCGUAGAAAUGUGAAAAUGCAGAAAUGUGAAAUUUUUCAACCAAUGAAUGCUUAGUCCGUAUUCAAAAUAGAAUUGUCAUUGUCCAUUGUUUUUCUUCUUGCAUAUUGACCAGGGUUGUCUCCAGCUCUUUCGCACGGAGUGACCAUUUAAUUUCCAAGGACUGGAUUUGCCUUUUGGAAAAGUCACUUUUCAUACCCGAAUACAUUUGAAUGAUUCCGAUGCUAAGAAAGGUCCUCUUUACUCACUUUUAAAAAAAGACAGGGACAGUUACCCAAAGAAGAAACCUUUCCUUUAUCGUUCAGAAUUGUAUCGCCCUUUUCCUACAGUCCUAACUCCUACAUCACGCUUCCUACCCUCCAGAAGCCCUGGAAAAGGCAACAGGUUCGCUGUUCCAGGAUAACGAUCAAGUCGCUUAACCUCUCUGGAGAAGGUCAAAGACUUUUCAUCAUUCCUCAGGAACAGAGUCAAAUCACCCUUAGUACUUACCUAUCCUAGCCGAGGAUAGUCCAUUUUUUCUCAUCCGGAACAUUAUGAUUGAACCCAUCAUGACGACUGUCCUGUUCGAUAGCCGACGUUCGAGCUCCUUACGGCAGUUCUCCCCCAAGAAGAUCUCGAAGAUGAAGCUCUUCAAGACCAAUUCGGUCCCACACGUAGUGGAGGACGUAUUGGAUGGUGAGGGCGGCAGCGAGGGAGCCAUGGAGGGCGCGGGCGGGAGGGCGGGAGGCAAGAUGGGCGGAGGACAAAUGGGGGGCGGCGGCCCCUCCCGGGGAUCCUCCAGCAGUGGAUCCUCUGGCCAAGGCAUGGGGGGCGGGGGGCCCCCUGGCUCAGCUAUGACCUCCGUGGGACUGACGUCCUCCACACAAACCCUGGCGGUGACCUCGACGCCACGGUCGCUCUCCCUGGCCUCCAUUUCCUCCGAAGGGAGCACCGACAGCCACCUGGUGGAGCAAGAAGACAUCGUCGCCCUCACGACUGCCGUUAGGGCCUUCAAGGAGGCCCUUGGCAAGCUGAAGAGGAUCUUUCACCCUGAAAGAGAUAAAUACGAGACCUUGAGGGUAGCAGCCCACGAGCGUCUUGGAGAGGUCUUGAGAAUUCUGAGAUCCAUUCUGGAAAAAUACAGCCCAAUUCAGCACAAUGAACUUUUGGCUGCCGCAUCCCACCUUAUUUCCCACGUCAACGGUUUCAGCUAUGAAGAUGAAAAGGCCGACCCGACCGCCUUUUUGGAGGCCAUUGACCAACUGGCCCUCGCCUUUUCGAGCAGGGUCUCCGAAUAUCUUAUGGGCGAUAUCGACACAUCUUCCGCCCUCCUGAAUUGUUCAACAGCUUCGUCUAGAAAUAAAUCAUGUGAGAACUUAGUGAGCAGCGAUGCCGAGAGCAUGACCGGUGAGCGCGGAGGAGCUGGAAGCGGCGUCGGAGGAGUUGCGGGUAUAGGUGGUGCCGGGGGAGCCGGCGCGGGCCUGGAAAGUGGCCUCAAGGAGCCAGAAGUGCUCACUCAACAACAAAUAGAUGAGUACCUGCAUAGACACGAGCAAGGUGUGGAAUACGCUUUGCAUCGCGCCAAAGUUUGGAGCAAAUACGCCAAAGAUGUCAUGACAUACAUAGAGAAACGGGCGCAGCUGGACAUGGAGUACGCCCGAAACCUCACCAAAUUGGCCCACACUGUCAGGCCCUCUCUCAAGGAAGAGAGCUUCCUGCCGUUCCAGUCCAUCUACUGCACGGCUCUCGACCAAGACAUUGAGAAUUGCACUAACCUGAGUGCUACCUGUAAUCUUCUCCAAACUCACAAAUUCAUCGAGCCUCUGUCAGCAAGGAGGAAUGACCACGAGAAAGCCAGAAAGGUCAUCAAGGAGACCUGGCACAAGGAACUCAAGCGUGUGACCGAAGCAGUGGCCAAUCUGAAGAAGUCCAAAGCCAUUUAUGUGCAGCGACAACAGGAACUGGUGAAGGCCCGGGAGGCGACGGCACGAGCUGACAGCACCGAAAGUCAGGAGAAGUUGGAGAGGAAGAGAGAAGAGGCUUUACUGAAGGCACGUGAAGCGGAAGCCACUUACAAAGCGUGCGUGACGGAGGCCAACGAGAGGCACACUUCCCUCCUGAGGGUGAAGAAGGAGGUUUUGGUGCAGACCCGAGAGCUCAUCCUCCAGUGCGACCAGACCAUGAAGGCCGUCACUGUCGGAUAUUUCCAGUUACAGCACACCGUGGCUGCGCCUGCGCCCAUCCAGCUUCAAACUCUGUGCGAGAGUUCCAGACUCUAUGAACCUGGAUCACAGUACAUGGAAUUCGUGAAGAGGUUAGGCCCUUCGCUGGGUCACGAACCACAACACCAACCUUUCACGUUCGAGCCAUAUACUCCAGGAGUCCAGGAAGGCCAAGGGAACCACGACCCUACAGCCAAUGGGUCACUCGCCAGUUCGGAUGACCUCCAGGGAUCUGAUAUGACCCAAUGCCCUCGGACAGGUCGCCUUGCAGGAGCAGGGGGCAGCGACACCGACAGCGUGGGUUCCUCCAGGUCGGCCAAGAGCGGGGACGUCUCCCCCACCGCCUCCCCGAUAGCCGCGGCCCGGAGACCUCACACACUGUCUUCAGGAGACGAGCUCGAGACCGAUCCCGAUACGGCAGACACCCACUACGGCUGGGGCGCCGCCCGCCGACAGGUCAUGAGUAAGGCGGCUGUUACACAUGCCUUCAGGAAACUGAAGACUCCCUCUCGAUGCCGCGAGUGCGAUUCCUACGUCUACUUCCACGGAUACGAAUGUGCUGAGUGCGGUCUUGGCUGCCACAAGAAAUGCCUGGAGACCCUCGCCAUCCAGUGUGGCCACAAGAGGCUGCCCCGAAAGAUGACGACCUUUGGGGUGGACUUGGCACAGCAUCUCACCGAGACCAGUACCCCGGUGCCUCAUCUUGUCCUGAAGUGCGUGGCCGAGAUAGAUAAUCGAGGGACUAAGAUAAAGGGCAUUUACAGAGUGUCAGGAGUGAAGAGUCGAGUGGAAAAACUCUGCCAGGCCUUUGAGAACGGAGCCCACCUGGUCGACCUCACAGACCAGCAUCCAAAUGUGAUCGCCAAUGUCCUGAAACUCUAUCUUCGUCAGCUUCCAGAACCCCUUCUCACCUUCAGAUUGUAUCCAGAGUUUAUCAGGAUCGCCAAGGAAUGCCCUCCGGGAGGGGGCACGGAGACCAGAACAACGGAGGAGCUUAGAGACCUGGUUAGACGUCUUCCUCGACACCACCUGAAUUGCUUGGCUGUCCUUAUGCACCACCUGCACAGAGUCACCACCAAUGCGCAUCUCAACAAUAUGCCUUCUUCAAACUUGGGCAUCGUGUUUGGCCCUACUUUGCUGAGGACUUCGGAAGGAUCGGCUUCUUUGAGUUCAUUAGUUGACACGGUUCACCAAACAAGAGCCAUCGAACUGCUAAUUAUGUUCGCUAAUGAGAUUUUCAACCUUUCAGAACUUCCUCAGGUCAGGGACAUACAGGCCACUUCAGCUGCGGCAGCUGCUCGAUCACAGAGACUUGAUGAGGUCCUCAAACUGCCUCCUCCAAGCAGGCAGACGUCUGUUCACACCAGCAGUAGUAGCAGCAGCAGCAGCAGCAGCGGCUUCAACGUGGGCGUGGGAGGCGGUGGUUCGCAAAAGCGAGGGCGUGAGGAGCUAGUGGGCGUCGCUGAAGAUCCUCCACCACCCCCAACGCCCACUCCACCUCCUCACAAAGACCGAAAAGAUUCGGAAAUAACAGACGAGGACUGGGAAUGGGAGGGCGAGGAGUCUUCAACUGAGGCAGGGGGCGGUGACCCCCUACCCCCAACGCCCAGACCCUCCGGGGGGUCCCAGCGAACGUCAGGCAGCCAAGCUCGGAUAUACAAGACAUCUCUAAGGGAUUAUGUGGGGUUAGAAGGGAUGGCGUUUCACAUGUCCACGGGGCUCCACACAGCCCACGAGGCCGUAGAUGUGGUUCAUCAGAAACUGCGCAAGACCGUUAGUGAUAUCUCUUCAUCACUACGGCAUUCCUCUUCCCAGGAACUGCCCAGGAGAGCCACCAUGGACGAAAUCCCCAGACGAUUGCCGUUGGAGGAAGCCCCGAAGAGGCCAUCGGCUGAUGACACCAAAAAGCACCCAGUAGCCAGCCCUUCAGAAGAUCUCUUGCAACAACAGCAUCAGCAGCAGCAGCAGCAGCAGCAGCAACCCCACCGGCGGAAUCUUCUAGACGAGACCCACCGCAAGUCUGCUUCUGAAGACGCCUCUAUCAGAAAAUCCAAUCCUGAGGAGAUGGGAAGGAAGGCCACAACAGAAGAGUCUGCAAGACGAACAGCGCUAGAGGAUAGAUUGACCCAGAAGGACAGACAAAGACAGCCUACCACUGCCACUACUGCUCAGAGUUUGUCAAGAGCUCAGGCGUUGUACAAGAGUGAUUCUAAAUCAAGUUUGAGCGAAACCGAGUUGAAGGUGGAAGUAAGGACAUCGACGGGCGUCACCAGAACCGACCAAGGGAGUAUAUUGAGUAGCAUGGCCGUCACAGGAGGCUGUAGCACAAGGAAAGUUUCUCCCCUGAUGGGCCAUCGGUCUAGUGUGAGUCAGAGAUCAGGCCUGGCCAGUGGUACAGAUUCCUCCAUGGAUUCAGACCACAGUUAUGAAUACAGUCACAGUCAAACACUCUCUCCAGUACCUGCAGCCAGUUCUCUCGUCCCUUCUUCUUCAUCUUCCUCCUCCACCAGAGGUCGUAGUGAGGUGUCUGUGGUAGGGACCUCGAGGCCCAUAUCUGUAUCCAGGGAUCACUCUUUGGAUAACGUCACAUCUUCCGUCACAUCAUCCGAUUCUUCGUCCCAGGAGCUGGAUUCAGCACAUGUCACAGAAGAUUCCCAUAGUUCUGAAGCGGCGGACGAAACGGAUGCUGCUCACCACACACGUGCCAUGGCUUAUUCUUCUUCUGGUUGUGGAGGAAGCAGCGGUGGCGAAUCUGGUUACGUUUCGCCUUACCUGAGCACAGAACGAGGAGGUUUGGUUACCCUGGGACCCUCCCUGCUCUUGACACGAGCAACUAUUGCCCAAUACGACACGAAGCGAACCAUUACGACAGUCGUAGCUCCGAAGUCGUCUUUCGACGAGAACCGCGUCAGGAUACAAGUGCCAGCUGCUGCUGUCGCAGCUGCGGCAGCAGGUGGUGGUGGGGCUUCAAACAGGGGCAUUAAGGCUACGACGGCGGCGGGGGGAAGCAUUGGGGCGGAAGUAUCUGUGACAAGGACCGGCCAAUUGCAACGAUCCGUCUUGGAGGGAUCGGAAGGAUCAGUGACGACGACGGAUAAAUCGGUCCCCACCUAUACCUUAAGAUCCAACGAUCCAGAAUUGUCUUCGUCGCCGAGGACGCGCCUUCAGCCAGAGCCUCGAUCACCCGUGCCUUCUCACGUGACGUCACCGGAGCAUCCUCGGAAGCCUUCGCCAAACAGAAAUCCUCGUUUUGUGUAGCCGUUUUAUUGGUUGGCGUUCAAACAUUAGAUCAGUGAAGGCAUUUCAAGGACAACUCUGAAAAAAAAAAACUUUUAGUACAGUGGUGUUUUAUGUCAGUGAGUACAGGUUACAAAGCGUUUUCCUUUAAGAAAGAUAAAUGUGAUUGUAUCUCCCUCACGUGGAUGAAGUGCUCUUUUUAGUGCCGAGUGGAGGGGUCAGCAAUAAUUAUCUAAAUGACUGCAAUGGUCUGGAGGGCUAAGAACAAUUAGUCCUCUCAGUUGCCAUAGGGUUAUAUGUAUUAUUCUGUGCAGUCUUGCAUUAAGAAAAUAUUCAAAUGUAGCACAUAUAUUAAUAUGCUUCGUCAACGUGUAAUUCCAAUGACUAGACUUUUCUGAAUCUCCUGCGACGAUCUAUGAACGCUUCUCUCUUUUCCGUUUAAGAGACCGAACUGUUCUCUUUUUUUUCUUCUUCUUCUUUUUUUUCUGUUUAAGAGACUGUUCCAAAAGUUCCAGGCUGAAGGAAUGCCACUGCAAUGGAGUAUCUUUUCAUUUUGUAUUGUAAGACCCCCUUGAAUAGUGACUGUCAGUCAUGAAUAUUAUAAAUCACUUUGAACAAAUUCUGAGAGAAAUUGUAGAGAAUUUAGCGUGUAUAGACAACUAUGCUUUUCAAAGUGUUUACAAGAUUAUGAAACACGUGGAAAGUAAUUUUUUCUUUAAAUGAAACAUUCAUGCGAACUAAUAUUUAUUUAGUUCUUUCUCCACUCAUUAUUUUCUUUGUACUAAAUACUGCCACAUUUGAAAUGACUUGAGAACGUGAUUUUGCCACUAAAGCAAUAAACACGUUUCUGUGAAAACUCGCUUUUCUUCAUUCUCCUCCUAUCUGUAUAUGGGUAAUAUACAGUGAAGGAGAGCUGCUGAAUGGCCACGUUCAAGAUAUAAUAUUCUAACGAAAUGUAUAAAAAAUUCUUUUAAACGUCAAAACGUUGCUUGUGUUUUAAGUAGUCUAAAGUAACGGAACACCUGUAUUUAUAUGUAAUAGGUUUGGUAUAGCCAUUGUUGAUUAUAUAUCUAACAAGUUACCGACUGCUGCGUAAAAAUACACAAAACCAAAUCGAAUUAUAGUCAUGAAAGGUUUGAAGUAAAAAUGUAACAACAUCCGUUGUUUGACCGAACUAAAUUUGUUUUCAACACAACUGAAUGAGAAGGUUUAGUUUCUAAUAGAUCUUCACGUUGCAGCUCCUCGCUUUCAACCUGCGGUACAGCUGGGAUUGUUGCCUCGAGUUGUGGAAGGGCCAGAAAGAAGGCCUACAUAAAUUAGAACCACGAGGAGGUGGCCACUUGACAAAAAUUUUCUUCUUGGUCUGAUUGCGUUUUCUCUGACAUGCUUCAAGUUUCUGAACUCUUACUUAAAAGGAAUUUAAUUUUCAAUAGCUGGUGUAAAUUGCUGUUUAUAUAUCCUGUUCUGUGACCAACAAUGUGCAAAUUAAGACUAAAGUUAAUUAACGUUACCAAAUGUCGCUAUGUAAGCUGACGAAAAGUACUGUGUAAUAUUUAUAUAUAUGUGAUGUCUACACGUAUGUACGUUUCUGUUUCCCACACGCAUGCGUGCGCGCGCACAGUGUCGGUAAGAACGUACUUGCCAGUUGCAUAUGCUGUGAAAUUUGACGUGUAUAUAAAAAAGGUGUCUUUAGUUCGAUGUUAUAGAAAUGAUUAAAAGCCUCAAGACAAAGAUUUUGAAUGAUUGAAGACUAGUUUUAUUUACUACUAUAAAUUCAUUUGCAGUUUAAUCUGAAAUCUUCAUAUUUCUAAGUUAAAAUAAAGAAAAAAAAACUAAAAUAUCACCAGCAUGCAUUUGAAAUUGAAGGGUAUAUGAUGAGUAAUUUCAAGAAUGGCGAAUCUCUUAUGCUGAUUCCUUUGCAUUAUUAGUUGCAUUAAAAGUAGUAAAUUAUUACAGGAGUAGAGACUGAAGGUCAAUGUAGUAGUAAAUAAAGCUAGAACUGGCUUCAACUCACGGAGGUGCUAACGAACCAUAGAUCGUCUACUAAUAGUAUUUUAUUACAAGCGAAAUUGGGUCUAAAGAAUAUGACUCGCCUAAGGCCGGUUUUUUCUACCAGUCAUAUAGGCAGUCACCUGAAUUUACUUGAGGAUUAAUUACCAAUGCCUAAUUAUACAUAUUUAAGAUUCUGCGCCUAAUGUUAAUAUUCGUUGUCAUAUUUAGCAUUCAUGUAUAUUGUAUAUAUAUAAGAGGGAAUAAAUGUAUCCAUAUGUA